ACAAUGUGACCGUAUGAAACGCGACACGGUGAGAGGACCCUUCAGUGUCAUUUUAACGGAUUCCUACAGGAAAACGGCAAGUUUAGUUUCGUGUUUCAUCUACUUCUAUGUUUUUUAGCCAAACAUUAGCCGGUCGGUUUACUCCUAACGGCCACUCGCACCGAGCUGUGACCGACACAUGGCGCACAUAAAGGGAGAAAACAAGAGGUGAGUCCCGGUGUUGAUAACAAACAUGCUGACAUGGUGAGUUCAAGAAGUUACAAAAGUGGAUAAKACCCUGCAGAGCCGAUGACAAGCUCCACAUUAUGACCACAGACCAGCCCUGACAGCUGACACCACAGUGCGGGAUCAGCAUGAUGGAGACACCAGGCAGCAGCAGCAGUUUGGAGAUGGACAGCUCUCCUUCCUCCUCCACCACCACCAUGUCCAUAGACAAGCUCCUGCCAGCCCUCCUGGAGUGUUUUGGCAUCAUAUUGUGUGGAUACGUAGCAGGGAGGACAAACAUCAUCACCCCCACUCAGGCCAAAGGACUGGGGAACUUUGUGUCCAGGUUUGCUCUCCCAGCACUGCUGUUCAAGAACAUGGUGCUGUUGGACUUCGGGGAUGUCAUCUGGCCCUUCCUCUGGAGCAUCCUCAUCGCCAAAGUGUGCGUGUUUUUCAUUGUUUGUGUCCUCACCCUGAUUGUUUCCAGUCCGGACAGUCGCUUCAGCAAGGCUGGCAUCUUCUCAAUAUUCGCUACCCAAAGCAACGACUUCGCUUUAGGGUAUCCAAUAGUUGAAGCCCUCUACCAGAGCACAUACCCAGAGUACCUUCAGUAUAUUUACCUGGUUGCACCUGUGUCCCUGAUGAUCCUCAAUCCCAUCGGCUUUGCCUUCUGUGAGAUCCAAAAGUGGAAGAAUCGGAGAGACCAGCAACAGAGCAAACUGCUGAUCGUGGGACAUGUAGUCCUACAGGUCUUGAAGAACCCCAUUGUUUUCAUGGUCGUCUUUGGAAUCGCCGCCCAUUUUGUCCUGCACCAGAAAAUUCCCGCUUUCAUGGCUGAGUUUAUAGAUGGCCUGGCCAACUCCUUCGGGGGAGCAGCUCUGUUCUACUUGGGUCUGUCCAUGGUGGGCCAGUUGAAGAAAUUGACCAGAUCCACAGUCGUCACACUGAUUCUACUCAUUACUGCAAAACUGCUUCUAAUGCCCCUUCUUUGUAAGGACAUGGUUGAUCUGCUGGAYAACACCACCAGCCCUAUGAACCACUCCAGCCUCUCUGACUAUGCCUUUGUUUAUGGAGUGUUCCCGACUGCACCAAGUGUGGCCAUUUAUGCUGUUUAUUAUAACGCAGAACUAGAAGUUGUAACCUCAGGGAUGGUGAUUAGCACAUUUCUUUCAGCUCCAAUAAUGUAUGUUUCAGCCUGGCUGCUGACAAUCCACUGGAUGGAUCCCCAGCUUGUGAUGCGUUCUCUUGAGAAUGUCAGUUUUCAUAUAAGCAUAGUGAGCUUAGUUGCACUGCUCUGGACAAUUACUGUCAUGUUUCUAAGUAAGAAAUUCAAGAGRCUACCUCACAUGUUUACUCUCAACCUUUUCUUAGCACAGCUGCUAAGUUGCAUMGGGAUGAUUCUGUGGAACUUUGUGGUGAAGGAAGACAACUUCAUCGGGCAGGUUCUCACUUUUACAUUGUUGUGUACCUCCCUCUACAGUACUUUUAUAUGGCCAGGAUUGAUCGCGCUCUCUGUUGUGCUCAUAAAAAAGUAUGAAGAUCUGAACGGAUCACGGGGGUUCUUGGUCAUCGCAGGCUGGGGGAUUCCAUCUAUUGUUACUGCUGUUAUGCUCAUUACUGGGCAGAAAAUACCCAACAUAAUUGAUUCAUCUUUCUUCUAUGGCAGAUUACAGAUAAUCUGCACCACAGUUGUAGUCAGCUUCGGCAUACUUCUGGGAGGAGGGUCUCUGGUGUGUCUAAGUAGAGGAAGCUGGGCCCAGAAUGAUCAAGAUGAUGAUGGAUAUUCAGCCUUUGAUGCUCCACAAGUUGAAGCAGAACAUCAGUCUUUGAUAGAGCCAGAAAACUCAAUAAGUGACCAAGCAUGCCUCACAUGUGACUGCGCUCCAGCCUCGCCCAUGCCUGAUAUGAUCAUCAGCACUAAUAAGAACAACAACCCAACUCCCCUCACAGGUCAGUGUGAGGACGUCUGUGAGUCAGCGGACUGCUUGCUUGCUCAGAUGGAGGAGCUCCARCAGGUUACAGACAGACAAAUGGCUCGACAUGUGCUCCUGUGUCUGCUCCUAACUGUCUGCCUUCUGGCUAAUUUAUCCAGCUGUUUGUGGUUGCUCUGUAAUCACUCUCCUGGGAGACUCUACCUGGAGCUGCAGUUCUUCUGUGCUAUAGCCAACUUUGGGCAGGGAUUUAUCUCAUUUGCUCUUUUYGGGCUGGACAAGCACUUUAUUUUGCUGCCAUUGAAGAGGUUGUUCAGUCAGUGUUGUGGAAAGAAGAAAAAGGAGCAGCCGCAGCCCGAUUUACCUGAUGACAUCAGAACGACCUGCGUCCAGUUCAACAAAUACCACAUGAAAAUGUGUUUCCGUGACAUCGUUAAAAAGAGAAGGUGUGGAAUGAAGACUAGGAUGGACUGCUUCCUUGGCUGCGAACUGGUGGAUUGGCUUCUGCAGGUGGGCUUGGCGCUGGACCGCGGCGAGGCGGUGCUUUACGGGACACGGCUGCAGCAGGGGGGCGUCCUUCAGCACAUCAAGCAGAAAUACAGCUUUGAAGACAGCCAGCUUCAUUACUACUUUACAACAUAAAAGAUUCAGAAUUGGUGUUUUUAUUUUUAUUUUUUAUCUCAAGCAGCAUUUCAGUUUAAACAGGAAAGUUUGCUCAGUUCACACAUUGCAGCACUGGUUAUGCACUGAUGUAGCUCAAAUUUAGCUACAGCACUUUUUUUUUUUACGGAAAAACUCCACUGGGCAUUGUGAGCUGUGUGGCUUUGGUCUUAAAAGGGAAAUAUUUAAUUUUCUUUCUGAAUCACCUCAAUCUUUAUAUUUAAUAUUACUAAAUAUAAAACUGCAGCUGCCUUACGCUAACAGUGAAACAGUUGAUGAGGUUUCAGGUGCGUGUACAAUAAAUAUUUGUUUAGCUGAACAACCAUUUGUUUUAAGGUGAACCAGUGAAUAAAGCUGUGAUUCAUUUGUUUAAACAAAAACUGGAUUUCGGAUUAAGGGAUAAGUUUCACGCAGUUUAAAACAAAGCGUUUUAAAUGGGACUCUUUUUGCUUGGUUUCUGUGAUUUAAUUAAUGUUAUGCUUUCUGCUCAUGAAUGUUAAAAAAAGGUUAAUAAGCUUAUGAUGCAGGGAAAGAGGACAGCAUAACAAAUGUUACUUGUGAAAUGCUUCUGCACUCAAAACAUUUGCAAUUAAAUUUUGUCCGUUUAUCGUUAAAAUAAAGUGUUUCCUGCUAUUUUAACGCUGCUGAAGAAUAAAGCACAAGYAUUGCUGCAGUUCCUAUGAAUUAUGCAGUGUUGUAGAGCAGGAUCAUAUUGUCAGUAUCUUAAAUCCWUUUGCAGCAUCGAUGUGCCAAUUUCAAACAUGUCAUACAUACAUCUAUUAACAUGUUUCUUUUUUUAGCCAAAAAAUGUUUCAACUCAUAAAAAAUGUAAUCAUAAAGUGGUCUCUAUGUUAUAAUCCUGAUUAAAUCAGGAAGCAUUUGUUACUCAGCAAGAUUUAACCUCAGUUUUCACAUUAAAUGUUAAAUAUUAGAGGUUCUCUCUGAAAGUAAAUACUUACUUAAUCACUGGAAAAUUAGAACUUAUGAUUCUGUGAAUGUAGUUUUUGUAUGUUUUGUCAAAAAAAUAAGAUUUGUUUUCUUUACUUGCUCAGGAUUUAACUCAGAAAUGAGGCCAAAAUUAAUUGAUGCAAAACUACUUGCUAAAUCGCACAACUGUAGUUAUAGUCUGAUCUACUGUGUCUCAUUAAUGUGACAGAUGGUCAUAAUAAAAAGCUGGUUUAUUUACAAACCUGUGUUGCUUACAGCCUGCAUGUCUUUGGUGUCAAAAACAAAACAGUUUGCUUUUCUUCAGACAAAUAUGCAACAGGUUGUGACUGAAUCUAAUGUCCGUGUCAUCACAUGACAAAUGUCACAGUUUGUCCCUUCAGAUAACCAAAAUAAACAUGUUGACCUUGUUUUGUAGUAAA